AGAAGAACACCAAAUUACUUUAGCAUUGACAUGAAGGGUUCGCGCUUGUGAGUGACGUCUAACUAAACAAGCAAAUACAACAAAUCAAAAGCAAACCAAAGAAAGAAGAGAAAUCAAACAAAAACUAGUGAAAUCGACUAAGAAAUCACAUUUUUAAUUGAAAAUCGAAAGUGAUUGCAGCAUAUAUGCAACAAUAUAUUUGCAUUUUGACAAGUUCUUUCCUGGGUGGGAUUCGUCUAAAGAUUUACAUAAGGGUAACCACGGAAUUAUUCUUCCUUUAUCGUGCGUUCCACUUCAUUUCCUGAUACCUAAGGCUCGUUUUUCGAAUUUUGUGUUACUACUCGGCCAAGUGAGUUAGUAGAAAAUGAGUGUCGUUGAGAAAGGUAAAUCACACACGAAUGAGGAAACACAUGCAACGAUCGCUGCUGCCGCGACAGAGUCUCCAAAGCGUGAGAACUGGACUAGUGGCCUGGAAUUUUUGAUGUCCUGCAUAUCGGUGUCUGUGGGCUUGGGCAAUAUUUGGCGUUUUCCCUUUACGGCAUACGAGAAUGGUGGCGGAGCAUUCUUGAUUCCAUACAUUGUUGUGCUCUUCUUGAUUGGAAAGCCCAUGUAUUAUCUCGAAGUUCUAUUGGGGCAAUUCACCAGCAAGAGUUCGGUAAAAAUCUGGUCUAUAUGCCCAUCAUUUGUUGGCGUUGGUAUCGGUCAAGCAUAUGCGGGUGUUGCAGUGCUCACAUACUAUUCUUCAUUGCUUGCCUUGACGCUGUACUAUUUUGUAGCCUCAUUCAAGAACCCACUACCCUGGUCCUAUUGUCGUGAAGAGUGGGGCUUAAAUUGUGUGAACUCAAAUGCCCAUGCUAAUAGCACAACUGAUACAACUUCUACCCUCAACAGUAGGCUAACAAGUAGUUCCGAGAUGUACUUUAUAAAGGAGGUAAUACGGGAAUACGAUGAUAUAUCCGAAGGCAUUGGCUUGCCAAACUGGGAGUUAACCCUAGCUUUAUUUGUGGCUUGGCUGACAACAUUUUUGGUAAUUGUUCGUGGAGUUAAGACAGCGGGUAAAGCAGCUUAUUUCCUGGCCAUAUUUCCGUAUGUCAUUCUAAUCACAUUGCUGAUAAGAGCAGUUACCCUUGAGGGUGCAUUGGAUGGCAUAGUGUUCUUUCUUAAACCAAAUUGGAAUGAAUUACUCAAUUUAAAGGUCUGGAAGGAAGCUGUAGUGCAAUGUUUCUUCUCUUUGGCCGUAGGCUUGGGGCCAAUUGUAAUGUUUUCUUCGUAUAAUAAAUUCAACCAUAACUCGCACAGGGACGCUAUAAUUGUCACUAGUCUGGAUACAGUGACCAGCCUAAUAGCGGGUAUAACCAUCUUCGGAAUUCUUGGUAAUUUAGCCCAUAACUUAAACAUAAGCAAUAUCCACGAGGUUGUGCGGAGUGGCACGGGAUUGGCAUUCAUUUCCUAUCCAGAUGCUAUUGCAAAAUUUAAAGCUGUCCCCCAGUUGUUCGCAGUAUUAUUUUUCAUUAUGCUCUUUGUGUUGGGCAUUGGAACUUUGGUGGCCCAGGCCAAUACUCUUGUUGCUAUACUAUGCGACCAUUACAAAUGGAUGAAAGCUUGGGUGGUAGCACUAAUAACGUCAAUAUGUGGUUUUCUCUGUGGAAUAAUUUAUGUUACUCCAGCUGGUCAAUGGAUUUUAAGUCUAGUCGAUUAUUAUGGGGCCACAUUUGUCAUUUUUGGAUUGGCUUCUUUUCAAAUCAUGGGUGUUGCAUGGGUUUAUGGCCUACAAAACUUUUGCGAUGACAUUGAGUUCAUGUUAAGAACACGCGUCUCAUUCUAUUGGAGAAUUUGUUGGGCUGUGAUAACACCACUCUUACUCUUAUUUAUUUUUCUAUAUUCAAUGGCGGAGCUGAAAACGUUGAAAUAUGCUGGAAUGGAUUACCCACAAUCGGCCAACAUUGCCGGCUGGAUAUUGCUGGCCAUAGGAUUUGUUCAAUAUCCUUUGUGGUUUCUGUGGACCACCAGCCACAACUGUGGUGGUUCACUUUUGGAGGGUCUACAAAAUGCUUGUUCCCCUGCCGAUGACUGGGGUCCUAGCGAACCUGAAGUACGCAAACAAUGGCUGAUAUACAAAAAAGAAAUGCGCGAAAAGCGAAAUGCAAAAUCCAACUCCUCGCAACUUUGGCGAAAACUUAAAAAUACUUUUUGUAAUAGUAACUAGUGUCAUAAUAUGUUUAUUUCUUAAUUUUUCCCUAUACAACUGGCAUUGUUGGAUAAAAAAUAAGAUAAUGGCUACUUUAAACUCACUACUUACGUGUAGGUAACUUUAAUAAGAUAUUAUUGUUAUAUUAUUGUACUUACCUCAAUUUCAUUUAUUGCUCUUUUAUUGUGUAGUCUUAAUAAAACGCUUACUUAAUAAUCACAGGA